AUGUUUGACAUAGAUGGUGUUGUAGACCAACACAUUGUACUGAGUGUUGGUCAAGAGUUUAUAAAUGUUAAUCAGUUUAGAGAGGUGUUGAUGGAAUAUGAAAUUCAAGAAGGAAUUCAGGUUUUGAAGAAGCAAAAUGAUAAGAGCAGAGUUACUGGAAUUUGCAGUGGGAGAGGUUGUCCAUGGAGGAUUCAUGCUUCACCUAACAAUGAUGGGAUCACCUUUGUAAUCAAGACACUUAAUCCCAAUCACAUAUGCCAGAGGACUAAAUAUAUUAUCAAUGAAGAAACUGAUGGCAGUCAUGCAAGGGCAUAUAAGAAGUUACAAAAUUAUGGGCUUUUGGUUAAGGAGAAAAACCCUGGGACAGAAUUUCAAGGCUUCUUGAAGGGAUGUAGGCCAUUCAUUGGCCUUGAUGACUGUCAUCUAAAGGGAGUAUAUAGUGGAGUAUUGGUUUCAGCAAUUGCAAUUGAUGGGAACAAUGGAAUGGUUCUCCUUGCAUAUGGUGUGGGUUUGAUUGAAGCAUUUGGAAUCAAGUUCCCAGUAGCACAUCAUAGGCACUGUAGCAGACAUCUAUAUAAUAAUUUCAAGACACAGUUUGGAGGUGGGCCUACAUUAAGGGGAUACUUCUGGAGAGCAAGUAAAUCAUAUAAUGCUACGGGUUUUCAAAGGUCUAUGAAUACCAUGAAAGAGGAGAAGCUAGAAGCAUAUGAGUGGUUGAUGAAGACUCUUGUCUAUAUGUGGGCAAGACAUGCUUCUGAUCAUAAAGCCAAUAGUAAUCGCAUUACCAAUAAUAUGACAGAGUCAUUCAAUCAAUGGGUUGGACCCUUCAGAGGCAAGCUAACACUUAUCUUAGUUCAUCAAAUUAGAUUAAAAUUGAUGGGUAGAUUUCAAAAAAGGGUAAGAGUUGCUGCAAAGGCUAUUGGUUGUUGUUUAGGAUGGAGAGUUGCUGUCAUGGAUGGAGAGGUUACUGUCAAGGAUGCAGAAGCUGUCAAGGAGGGUGUUGCUGUCAAGGAUGGAGAAGUUACCAAGGAUGAAGUUGCUGUAAUAUGA